AUGGAUCCGAUUAAGUAUGUUUUUGAGAAACCUGCAGUAACAGGACGGAUGGCUCGUUGGCAAAUGCUGUUGACUGAAUAUGAUAUUACAUAUGUAACUAGAAAAGCCAUCAAAGGGAGCAUUAUAGCAGAAUAUUUGGCUGAUAGGGCCGUUAAUGAUUACCAAUCCAUGGAGUUUGACUUCCCGGAUCAAGAUAUUGAUUCAAUUGAUCAAGAAAAGGAAGGUAAUGUUAGGUGGAUGAUGCUAUUUGACGGGGCAACCAACGUAUGGGGGCAUGGAAUAGGGGUUGUACUCAUAUCACCAGAGGGUAAAUAUUACCCAGUCACAGCCAAACUCACCUUUCCGUGUACCAACAAUAUAGCUGAGUAUGAAGCGUGCGUAUUGGGCUUACAGGCAGCUAUUGACCGAGGCAUUAAAAAGUUGAUUGUAAAAGGAGAUUCCGCUUUGGUAAUUUAUCAGUUGACUGGAAAGUGGGAAACCCGGGAUUCCAAAUUAAUACCAUAUCAGGAGUUCAUUCAGGAAAUGAUGCAGGAAUUCGAUACUAUCAGUUUUUCGCAUUUACCGAGAGAGAGUAACUUAAUCCCUGAUGCGCUCGCAACAUUGGCGGCUUUAUUUAAGGUUGAGUCCGGAAUAAAGAUUGAACCCAUUCGAAUAAGGAUGCAUAGGGAGCCAGCAUAUUGUAUAAUGACGGAAGAAGCUGAUGGAAAGCCAUGGUUUCAUGAUAUCAAAACAUACAAUCAAUGGAAGGAGUAUCCCAUAGGAGCCUUUAAUAAUGACCGGAAGACAAUUAGGAGGCUAGCUAUGGGAUUCUUCUUAGAUGGGGAGAUAUUGUAUAAAAGGAACCAUGAUAUGACCCUCCUAGGGUGCGUGGAGUUGCAAGAGGCAAGACAAAUCAUACAGGAAGUACACGACGGCGUUUGUGGGACCCAUGCGGGGGGUCACUCGUUGGCCCAAAAAAUCCUAAGGAGUGGAUACUAUUGGAUAACCAUGGAACGGGAUUGUAUAGAAUAUGUUCGAAAGUGCCAUAAGUGUCAAAUCUAUGGAGAUCACAUACAAGUCCCACCCACUCAACUCCAGGUUUUAUCUGCACCUUAG